AACUUCAGAUUUCAUGGCUUUCGGGGGCAGAUACAGUUUUCUAAAGAGUUUUUUUCUUCUCUCCUCUUGCCCCUGUUAUAAAGUUGGCAGGACUUGGACGGGCUCUCUCAUUGGCUCAUUCGACGGUUUCGUCCCGCCCCUUGGGGCCGGAGAGCCAAUGAGGACGCCUGCUCUAGUUUAAACACAGUCUUGGGAAAACAAGUCCAGUUCAGCUGCUAACGGCUGCGGUGGGUGUGGGACGGUGGUGGGUUCCCCUCAGCAUUUCUGGACAACUGGCGGUGAGCACUCCACGUGAGUAGGUCGGCCUCGGGUUGGAGGGGAGACCGAAGCUCGAGCCCAGGGCGACAAGUUGCUUGGUUUGGAGUAAUCCAGAAUGGCGACUCUAAUCUAUGUCGAUAAGGAGAAUGGAGAACCAGGCUCUCAUGUGGCACCUAAAGACAGGCUGAAGUCAAUCAAAGCCUUAUCUGGAAGAGCUCAGAUUUCAACCCCCAAGGCUGGCAAAGUGUUUGCUGCAACUCCAACUUUAUCCAAAUCUGUCAGAAAAGUUUUGGGGCCUGUCAACAGGAAUACAGAAAAGGAAAAUUUGGUGGGGAAAAGAAAAGGACCUCUCAAACAGAAAGGGCAAAACUUCACAGCCAAAAAUAUGACUGAAAAGAUUCCCACAGAAAAAACCUCGGUUCCGUUCUCAAAUGAAACAUGUCCAGAAAUAGAAAACUUCUUUCCCUUCAACCCACUAGAAUUUGAAAGUUUUGAUGUUCCUGAAGAACACCAGAUUGCAAAUCUGCCACUGACUGGUGUUCCCCUCAUGAUGCUUAAUCCGGAAAAGUCGUUUGAAAGACUUGUAGAACUUCCACCUUCACCUGUGCUGUUGCCUUCUAUGACAUGGGAGUCUGAUCUGUUGGAAUCUACUUCAAGCCUUCUGUCAACUGUGGAUGAAAUUGACUUGCCACCUGUGUGUUAUGACUUCUCUGUUUAAAUGUCUUGUUAUUUUAUGGUGUAGUUAUAAUCAUUUUUGUAUUAAUAAAGCAAUUCUUUAUUUAGUAAA